GGGGGCGUGUCUCCAGGUCGGUCCUCGUGCGGUUACCUGAGAGACGCGCGGGCUUGGGUGCCGCGUCCGCCGCGGGGGCGAGCGCGUGUUCGGCGGAGGGAGAACCCGGGUCUGCGGCCCGUGCGGCGACAUGGAGGUGGUGGAGGCCGCCGCGCAGCUGCAGACUCUCCAGUUUGGCGGCUCCGGCCAGGGGCCCGCGGCGUCGGAAGAGCGCGGGGACGCCGAGCCGGCCUGCUCGGCCGAGCCCGGGGAGCAUCCGCCAGCCCCGAGCGCCGACGCCGGGAGAAGCCUGCCACAGCCCGACCGGCCGCCUCCGGGCGAGGCCUGCAUCACCGGCCCGGACGCCGCGGAGCCGCCGCCAGCCCUGCAGGCCUCGGACUCAUCGGACUCGGAUUCGGACAGUGAGACAGAUUCAGAUAGUUCAAGCUCCUCCUCUUCGUCGUCCUCAUCAUCUUCCUCCUGUGUGUCACUUCCUCCAGUGCUGUCAGAUGGAGAUGAAGAUACACAAGUUGAGAAAGAAAAUAAGAAUUUUCCUCUUAAAACAAAAGAUGAGUUGCUUCUUAAUGAACUGCCUUGUGUUGAAGAACUCACUGUUAUUCUUCCCGAAGACAUUGAACUAAAGCCUCUUGGGAAGGUUUCAAGCAUUAUUGAACAAUUAGUAAUAAUUGAGUCCCUGACUAACAUACCUCCAGUAAAUGAGGACACUGUCAUUUUCAAAAGUGAUCGACAAGCAGCCGGGAAGAUAUUUGAGAUAUUUGGACCUGUUGCUCAUCCAUUUUAUGUGUUACGGUUUAAUUCUUCAGAUCACAUUGAGAGUAAAGGAAUCAAAAUAAAGGAUACUAUGUAUUUUGCCCCAUCAAUGAAAGACUUCACUCAGUAUAUAUUUACAGAAAAACUCAAACAGGACAGAGGAUCGGAUGCCUCUUGGAAGAAUGAUCAGGAACCACCUCCAGAAGCCUUGGAUUUCAGUGAUGAUGAAAAAGAAAAAGAAGCCAAACAGAGGAAAAAAUCUCAGAGUCAAGGACGGAAAAAACUCAAAUCCGAAUUGAAUGAAUCAAGUGAGGAUUGUGGUGAAGUUCAUCAGAAUUGGAAUGCUUAUCGCUCUUCUUCAGAAUAUUCAAAAGGAUAUCACAACAGAGAAUUCACAAGAGGCUUUCCCAGGGGAAGAUAUUCCCGAGGAAGCCAUAGCAGGCCUCCACCGCAGCAGUUGUAUAACUCAGAUCAUAUGGCAUCUCAAGAGACUUUGGGAUUUCCACCUCAAAGACAAGAUAAUCCUGUCAUGCCCCACUAUCCCUUCCCCCCUCCUAUGUUUGAUAUGCAUAACUUUUCACUCCCUCCCCCACCCCCACCUGUAGGCAUGGGGUGGGCUGUACCUAACAUGGCCUCUCAUCCCCUGCUUAAUUUACCAUAUUCCCUGCCCCCACCACCACCUCCACCACCCCCUCCCCCUCCCUCUCCUGGAGAGAGUAAUUCUCACUUUGGACCUUACUAUUAGGUAUAUGCUUAUAUUUCAGAAAAAUACGGACUGUUCAGAUUAU